GUAGAGCGGCACCCCAACAUGAGUGCGCCGUCGGCGGUGGCGACUCCCGCCUUUUCCUUUCCCCACGAGUCCAGCCCUUCCCAGAAAGUGCCUCCGGGUCACAUCCGGCCGCCGGCGGAAGCAAUGAGAAUGGCGGGCUGUCUGCGGUUGCUAGGCGAUGGUCGUCUGUGGGGCCGCGUUUGGGGCAGAGGGCAGCUACCAAACUGCUUGGACAGAAGGACAUUCUUUGGAUGCCCCCACUCUAAAGCUAUCUCCAACUUGAUAUGGCUGCGAAAAGAGACUUCCUGGAGGCCUCGCACAUCUGGAGUUUCCACUGCGGCAGCUGCCAAGUCUGGAGAGGAUGCAGUGCUCAAAUGGGGCCUCCUCACUAUCCCUGUGGUUACAUUGUGCCUCGGCAUGUGGCAGGUUCAGCGGCGGAAAUGGAAACUGAAGCUGAUUGCCGACUUGGAGGCCCGAGUUGCAGCAGAGCCAGUCCCGCUGCCAUUUGACCUCCUGGAGUUGAAGGAGUUGGAGUACAAGCCAGUCAGAGUCCGCGGAUAUUUUGACCAUACAAAGGAGUUGUACAUACUUCCACGUUCCCUGGUAGAUGCAAAGAAAGAGGCCAGGGCCGCCGGCCAGCUGAUGUCGAAUCCAGAGAGUGGUGCGAACGUGAUCACACCCUUUUACUGCACGGAUCUUGGAAUCACAAUUCUCGUCAACAGGGGCUUCGUUCCAAGAAAGAAGGUGAAGCCAGAGACCAGGCUGCAAGGACAGAUCCAGGAAGAAGUGGAGCUCACCGGAGUGGUGAGGCUGUCUGAAACCCGCAAGCCCUUUGUCCCAGAGAACAACGUGGAGCAGAACCGCUGGCAUUACCGAGACCUGGAAGCCAUGGCAAGAGUGACCGGAGCUGAGCCCAUUUUUAUCGAUGCGGAUUACAAGAGCACAGUCCCAGGGGGGCCAAUUGGAGGCCAGACAAGAGUGACCUUGAGAAAUGAGCACAUGCAGUAUAUUAUUACCUGGUAUGGCUUGUGUGCAGCCACAUCGUACAUGUGGUACAAGAAGUUCAUCCAGAAAGUGCACCUCUGAGAUUCAGUUCCUUAAUGCAGUGGCUUGUAAGAGCAGCUGUCUUGUUCAGCCAGAAUAGUCACAAAGCAGCUGACUAUUUCACAGGUCACUCACUGAUCAUGGCUAGAAGGCAGUGUCUAGGUGUUCUGCUGGAAGCUGGCUACAGGUGUCGUAAGCACAAAUUAAUCUUGGGAGGGCCAGGAGGUUACUUGGAUCAAAGGUUUACCAAUCAGGGUUCAUUAAAUGCAGAAGGCAGAGCUGAAAGGGGAGAAAACAGGAUGCCACUCUUGGCACGAAGGUUCUUGUUCUUCAGCUUCAGAAGCAAAUGGAAAAAAUCAGUGACUGUACAGCAGUUUGAGGAAAGUUUGGGGCAGAAUGCCAGAACUGUGACCCAAGCCAUCAGAUUUCUUGAAAUAUGGGACUGGUUAAUAAAUCAUAAGAUGGUUUUCAGCUUUUUGUCAUUUUUCUGGUUACCAAGACUGAAGCCCUGCGACUGUUUUUGUACUACAUCAUGUAAGAAGUUUGAAGAUGGG